AUGAACAUUACACAGCACGUUAAACUUACCCGAGAGGAACCACGUGACUCUUGGUUCCCUUACGUCAGCACUCAAAUCAAAGUAUCCAGUGGCGUUGUUAGUGUGAAGUUCUACCCUAAAGCUAGCAAAGAAUAUCUUACUUCACGCUACAUCAGCUCAUCUAUAUGGUUGAGAGCAGCAACAAAUGUCUGCACAGGUGAGGCUGAACGUCACAAACCCCAGCGUUUAGCUUGUGGGAUAGCUGCUGUGACCGAUUAUACGGAUGUUGACCGAAACCCGUCUGAUUUCGGACUUAGCCGUGCUGCUUUGCUUCCAAAGCGGCAGCGGAGUAGCAAUGAUGUUCGCCUACUUCUGUCACCUGAAGGAACACGUCAGCAGAAAUCGUCCUUACGAGACCAACGUUUAACGUCACACGGAACGCACUGGCGUGCUUUCGCCAGAGUGGCGCAUAAACGAGAUGACCGUGAUUGUGAAGUCUGUUUGAAUGUAGAUGAUCGGCGUAGUGUUGGUAGCACACCAGUCGAAACUUCUGAGCAGCACCACAUGAAUGGUGGCCGUCCAGUACACAACAGCCCAGUUGUUCAGGAUCCAGGUGUAUUUCUUAUUGGGUUGCUAUUAUGUUCACCAUUCAGCGUUUUUAACUGA